CAAUUCACCAUCAAAUAAUGAAACAGAUAUCCUGACACUUUGUCUGAGUAUAGUUUAUCACAUUGUCUUGACAUCAUAAUGGGCUUUAUUUAAAGUAAUAUUGACUUGUUAAAUGCGGAUCUUUUAAUUUCAACAGAGUAUUUAUACAGUAUGGUAAUAACGCUGAAUACUUCCUCCACCAGUGAAUGAUAAUUACUUUAAACAUGUUUAUUAAAUGAGAAUCAGAUACCCCUGCAUUUAAUAAUUACAGUUCAUUGCAACGAUGUAUCCCUCCGCGCCAGCAGGGGGAGGAACUCGCUGCCCUGAGCUGUUGCUGUGUUUAUUUCCCAAGAAACAAAUUUAACAUUUUGCAGGAGCAGAGCUGCUGAUCGGGACCUUUUAACCCUCCUGCAACAUAUACAACUCGAUUAUCUCAUGUUUUAUACAUUGAGAAGUGCAUGUCACCUGUGUGUUUUUGCAUCAAAAUAGCAAAGUGACGCAAAGUUAAAAAAGGUCAGUUUUAAUUUGACUGUUAACUUGUAGUCACGUUAGCUAGCGUGUUGCUAAGCUAGCUGCAGUUUUGUUUUCACCACAACGAGGUUUGUCUGUAAUGGCUGACUUCAACAGGAUUAUGAUGUCUUCUGAACACACUACGGUUGCGAGUGGGCUUGCAGGAAAGGCCACUUCGUCCUCUGUGGGGACAGCAAACGCAAACUGGGACUGUGCCAGCAGCUUGGAUCAAAUAACGGUGGUGAGAAUCGACGACACGCACAUCGCGGAGGAUAAAGACUUAGCGGCUGUGCUACGAGAUGGAGUACUCCAUUCCCGCGGAGGAGGAGGCUGUUGGAGAGGAUGAGGAUGACGGCGUCUACGUCAUUGAGUACUCAAACCCCGAAGAGGAGGGAGAGAGCUACCAGUUCACAAUGUCUGUGGAUCGACCGCUCCCCACCAAAGGGCCGAUAGUUACACAUCCUGCUGCAAGAGACAGUGUGAUGUCCAAACCCUUCAGACCUCAGAGGUCGCGGUCGAAGAGGAAGAAGGAGCUCAAAGAGGAGGAGGAGGAGGAGGAGGAGGAGGAGGAGGAGGUGGUGAGUAAUAAGUGUUUGCUGGAGCUCGGGGAGGACUACAGGGACAUUAUGAGGAUGAACUCAGAUAAAGAGCAGCUGGUGUGCACGCUCUGCCCGCCACCUGGACGCUUGUUCAAGAGAGCCGCCGGUCUGGCCGUGCAUUUGAAACAUGUGCACAUGCUCAAGGGUAAAAAGACGUUUUUCUGCAUCACCUGCAAGCAGUCGGUCCGCACGCAGAUGGAACUGGAUUCACACACGAAACGCCACGCCAAUCAGGAAGCCGUGUUCACCUGCUUGCUGUGUAAGGCACAGGAGGGCAAGGCAGGGUACAAAGGGUCGAAGUUUGGUCUGAGGAGACACCUUGAGCAGGAGCACCCGGGCAUCAUACCGCGCUGCGACAUCUGCAACAAAAGCUUCACGUCGCUCACGUCCUACCUGGCUGAUCAGUUCAGGCACGUUGGAGUGUCGCCGUACUACUGCGCCCGCUGUCAGAUCUACGAGAUGACGGAGAGGGGUCUGAGUGUCCACACCAGGAAUGACAACAUCAGGCAGAACAAGCUGCUGGAGUCUCAAAACAAACUGCUGCAUCCUCAAAGCAGCCUGCUGGAGCCUGAAAGCAGCCUGCAGGAACUUGGAGUCUCCGCCAACGACGAUAAUUCCACCACAGACGACUCUGAUUUCUGACACCAUUUGUUUUAUUUCCCUCAGUAGCGAAAAAUCUGCGAAACUUUUAGCAUCUUUAUUGACACAUGGAGGAAAAGCAGUUUGGAUAACAGGGAUCUGUUUUUUAUUGCUUGGCAUUUUAGAAUCUAUGCUUAUUCUUUUUAUUGCCGGAGGUCAGAUGAGAAGAUUAAUAUCCCAUCAGAUAAAUUUGCUGAAAAAUAGUGAAAAGAAUGCCUCAAAGUUUUCUUGUGACAUAUUUGAAUGUGUUGUUUGACUAACUCUUAUAUGAUAUGUUAUGAUAUUAAACAGCCAAAUCCUCAAUUUUAAGAAGCUGAAUCCAGAUUGUUGAAAAAACAAACAUGAAAUGACUUAUCAAAGUAGUUGCCAAUUAAUAUGGUUCAGAUUAAUUCUCUAAUGUUUAUGUUUUAAGACCCAGGUUGUAUAAGAAGCCGGUGUUAAUGCUGUAUUUGAGUUGAUGCACGUGUGUAAAUACUGUAUUAAUCAUCAGUCUUUCCAACGACAGGAGGAGAAAGUAAAACACUAUUUGUACGCUGAAUUAACAGGAAGUGAAACUUGUCUAAUUUGUAAUAAAUGGGACUGAAAAUAAAAAAAUGCUAUGAUCCA